AAGGAACUACAAGAACUGUGUGGACACAGUUUCCCACAAUGCAUUGUUUUGUAGUCCUCAAGGCGGCUUGAAGCCAGUAACACCUAUUUUCUGGCUGCGCUGGCUUAGGAAGGCGCCUUGAACCCGCCCUUUUCUCGCGAUACUUGGUGACGGCGGUCACAGAAACUAACCAGCAUGCACCACGCUGCAGGCGAGCUGCAGAGCGCUGGGUUCGCCCGGGUCAUCUCAAACACGCUUAAUGCCUGGAACCCCAGACCGCGGCGUCUGUAUAAGUGAAGGUGCCUGUCGUGGCUCCAAACGAGCACCUGAAGAGACGCUGCAGACGUUUCCAUAAGUUCCAGUUUGGUUAGUUCACGCCGUCUCAUCCCAAUCCUCCGACAGCAACAUGGAGACGGAGCUGUUUAUGGAGUGUGAAGAGGAGGAGCUGGAGCCGUGGCAGCAGGUGGACGACAGCGUGGAGGAAGACGACUUCAUGGACUUUGGUGAGCCAGUGGAGGAUUGUCCAUCUCCUAUGCCAGACUCAGAGACUCCGCCCCCUACAACACCUCCACCUGCUCUCCCUCGCUCUGCAGCUGCAUCUCCUGCUCGGACGGCCUCCUCCUGUGAGGCUCCUCCUCCUGCCGUCACCACCCUCUCCUCCUCCUCCUCUUCUCCUCUCUGCCUCCCUGUUGAGGCCACGCCCUCUGCUUCUGCCCCGCCCAUGAUGGCUCAGACUCCGCCCCUGAUCCUGACUCAGACCUCCGGAGGAACGUUUCUGCUCCCGGCGGCUGGCUCCGGCACCCGACAGCCCAUCUUCCUGGCGGCGCAGGGUUUCCAGCUGCCCACUGUGGUGAACUCUGGAGCUCCUCUGGUUCUGAACCUGCAGCCGGGUCAGAUGGUGCAGCCGCUCACCUUGAUCCAGUCCCCCUCUCUGGGUCAGCUGGUCCGGCCCGUGUCUGCAGUCCAGCCCAGAUUGGGCCACGCCCCCUCAGGAGGCCCCGCCCUGCCAGGCUCCACCUUUGCCACCAUGCAGCUUCCCACCACGCUGACCCUCUGCACCAGCACCGGUAACUUGACGGUGACCCAAAUGAGCGGCACCAACAACCUGAAGCUGGCGACAUCCCCCGCCCUGCCCUCCGGUUCUGCCAUUGGAGUGAACAGAGCCACGCCCCCCAGCAGCGCCCCUGGCUCCGCCCCCUCCGCCAUCACCUGUCCUGGCGCCCCCCCCGCGCCGAGCCGAGAGCCCCCCCGCGUGGUGAUGAGCGUGGAGCAGUUCUACUACGGGACCUUCGAGGGCGACCUGAGUCUGCGCAAGAGCCGGCCUGCGGGGGCGCAGACGGCGCCCUUCGUUUGCCAGAUCUGCUCCCACCAGGCGGAGAGCAACCUCAGGCUGAUGCAGCACACGUUGCAGCACUCGGAGCUGACUGGAGGCGGAGCCACAGACAAGCACUGCUGCAGGUUCUGUUACCGACAGUUCUCCUCGCCGGCUCAGCUGCAGAACCACCAGGACCAGGUCCAUGGCCCCGCCCCCUCCACCUGCAUGUGUCGUAUCUGCGAGUGGGCCUUUGAGAACGAGCCGGCGUUCCUGAACCACAUGAAGUCUAACCACAAACCCGGGGAGAUGCCGUACACCUGUCAGGUGUGCUUCUACCGCUCGUCCUUCUACUCGGACGUGCUGCAGCACUUCGCCAGCUUCCACCGAGAGUCCUGCUACCUGCUGUGCGUCUUCUGCCUGAAGGUGACCCGGAACCCCGUCAGCUACCAGCAGCACCUGCUGCGCCACCAGGUGAGCCAAGCUUUCCACUGCAACAGGUGUCGCCUUCAGUUCGUCUUGCUGAAGGACAAGAUGCAGCACAAACUGGAGAGCCACCGCAGCUUCCGCAGACCCAAACAGCUGGAAGGCCUGCCCCCUGGCUCCAAGGUGACCAUUAGGACCUACGGGAAGGUCAGGCCUCAGGCCACACCCACAAGGGGCCGUCUCCUGCAAAGCCCUGCCUCCCUCAUUCAGCCAAUCAACAUAAAGACUGAGUCGCAGAAGCCCGCCCUCCAGAAGAGUCCGGCCGUCCCAAACAAACGCUCCAAGUCUCCCAGCAAGAGGGUCCGCAAAGACCAUCCGGGCAGGAGGUCGUCCGCUGAUGGACCCGGCGUGUGUUUGGAGUGUGGAACCAUCGUGUGGGAUUUCUCCGCCCACUACCCCACCCACGUCCACUGCCUGCUGUGUCCGUACAGCAGCUGCUGCUCCAGAGCCUACGCCAGUCACAUGAUCCAACAUCAUCUGCCGCAUUCCAAAGACAAAGUUCUGCCUCUGCACCGGCGGCCCCCCCCUUGCAUGUUCGUGCUUCGCUGCUCGCACUGCGACUUCCGGCCGCAGACGGGGGACCAGAUGGCCGAGCACCUGCUGCAGACCGACCACGACAGUGCCACCUGCAGUCCGUUCACCUACAUGGAACUGGACCUCAAGUUCUGCCUCCCUGAGGAGCGGAUCCCUCCUGACGAGGAUCCGGAGCAGAACCAGGACCUACCGGACUCCUGGAGGUCGGCAGAUUCCUGGAGAGACCCAGCAGGGCUCACGGACGCCCCGCCGUCCGUCCGGCCCUUCAGCCAGACGAGCGGGCCCAACCACAACCUGCCGAGAAACUGCGACGCCAUCGACUUCUUCAACCUGCUGUUCCCCGCUGCCCUGGUGGAGCUGAUCACCAGGGAAACCAACGGUCACGUCAAGACCUGCUCCUUCCUGGGCCGCGGCAUGCCGGGCUGGGUUCCCGUCACCACCUUGGAGAUCAAAGGGUUCCUGGGUCUGGUCAUCCUCAUGGGGAUCCAGAACCUGCCCGACCCGUCCCAGUAUUGGUCCCUGACCCACUACGACGGCAGCUACACCUUCCACCGCACUAUGAGCUUCCGGCGCUUCCAGCAGAUCGCAGAGAACAUCCGCAUGGGCAGCUUCCUCACCAGCGAGCUCUACGGCACCGCCGACCCCACCGACCCUCUGCAAGUCUUCAGACCCAUGAUGGCGCUCCUGGGGGGCGCCAUGUGGAGCGCCUACACGCCCAACUGCUGCCUGACCAUCGACCGCGCGCUGCUGCCCAGCAUGGAGGAGGAAUGGGGCCCGAGCAGAGGCCAGACGCAGACGCAGCCGCAGGUGUGGCUGCUCUGCGACUCCAAGUCCGGCUACUGCCACCGCCUUUUCUUCCAGGUUGGCGGGAAAGCGGGGGGGGACCUGGGGUUCUCGGUGGUGCCGAAGCUGCUCCAGGACCUGGAGGACAAGCACCACCAGCUGUACUUGACCAACUCGCUGGCGUCUGCGCCACUCAUGCUGCGGCUGCUGGAGCGAGGCGUGUACGCCUCCAGCUCCUUCCCCCCGCCCAACCCUAUCCUCCCCCGGGAGCUGUGGGAGAGCGGCCGGCUGGAGAAGCCCGGCGACUUCCUGCAGAGGCAGUGCGGCCCCUUGCUGGCCACACGCUGGAGGGACACCAAAGAAAUGGGUUGCCUGGCGACCAACGCCGUCGCCGGCGAGCCAGACGUGGUUUGGAGGAGGUCCCAGACAAAGCCGGGGGGCCUGGACCCCAUCCACCGGCCGCUGGCCUUCCGACUGCUCCAGGAGAACAUGCGGGGGGUCGACAUCUGCAAGCAGCUGCUGGCCUGCAACCCUUUGGGGGGCGUGGCCCAGGACCGCCACUGGCGCAGCUUCUUUUGGUUCCUGGUGAACCUCAGCAUUGUAAAUGCCUUCAUCGUUCUGCGCGAAAGCCGCAAGGAGAACCCGCCCACCUGGGUGCAGGACGGCCUCUUUACGCAGGUCAGCUUCCGCCGCCGUCUGGGGAACCAGCUGGCCAAGUGCGCGCAGAAGAACGUAGACGGCGUGGAGGCGUGCAGUCCCCGCCGGGCGCCAUCGGAGGAGCACGCCAAGCAGCGGCACAGCAUGACCAAGAUCAGCAGCACGCCGCGGCGCUGUCAGAACUGCAGCCGGCAAAACCGGCGCCGCGACAGCGUCCACGGCUGCCUGGCCUGCGGCGCCAGCCUGUGCGGCGAGCCGCGCUGCUUCUGGGAGUUCCACGGCCUGUCGCCGCUCAACAAAGGUUCGACUGAGGUGGGCUUCCUGAGGGACGUGGUGAGUGGAGCGGUGGACGUGGACGAUGGCGCAGAAGACCUGGACCCCGCCAUGGCGCCAGUGGAGGACCUGGACUACUCUGAGGACGAGAAGCUUAACGAGCCACAAGAUGCUGACCAGACUGAACAGAGGACGGAGACGGCGCCCCCAUCGCCGUCCGCUGCGGCCCCCAGAGAGCAGGAGGACGUCCUGUCGGCCCGUCGCCUGCGGGUGGUUCUGUUCGCACUGUGCAACGGGCUGCAGCCCGCCGCCAGGGCCUUCACCACCGAGCCGCCGCUCAUCCGCUCCUGGCUGAAGGAGGCAAGGAGGCGCGCGAGACCUGUGGUGCGGAUGGCGGACAGUGGCUGGGAGCGCAUGGCGGCGUGGGUGCUGUCCAUGCGAGAGCAGCAGCUGCCCAUCAGCGAGGGCGGUCUGUUCCAGCGGGCGUCGGCGCUGAAGAGCAAAGGGGCGUUCGGCGACUCCUUCCGCAUCUCCUACGACUGGGCCGUCAGCUUCCUGCUGCAGCACCGGCUGGGCGCACGCCGCCCGGGCGCCGUGCUGACACGCCCCCCACCCCCGCUCCUGGAGGAGAAGGUCUCGUCCUUCAGGGAGUUCACCCGGAGGGUGGUGCGGGAGCAUGCCCUGCCGCGCGGACGCGUGGCCGCCAUGGACGAGCUCUGCAUCUUCCUGGACCGGCAGCUGGUUCUGGACCCGAGUCGCCGCGCCGAGGCUCUGGAGUUCAGCGGGUCGGUACCGGUAGUCACCGUGUUCCUGACGGUGCUGGCAGAUGGCACCACCCUGCCGUCUCUGCUUCUGACCGGCGGGCCACCGCCGCGCCAAGCCCCGCCCGACAGCGUCCUCCUGGAGGCGGGGCCAGAGGCUCUGCCUGUGGAGGACGCUCUGGAGCUCUGGACCAACAAGGUGUGGCUGCCCCACGUGUUCGGCCAGCGCCGCAAGUCGGUGCUGGUUCUGGACCGGCACCGCGAGCACCUGGGAGAGCCGUUCCUGACCUCCACCGCCGGCUGCCGCAGCCUGCUCGCCGUCGUCCCCGGAGGAUGCUCCUGCUGGUUGCAGCCUGUGGAGGUCUGCCUGAAGCCGGCGCUGCAGCGCCUUCUGCUGACGCGCUGGGCCGCCUUCACCGCCAGCGACCCCCCACAGCUGCAGGACGCUCCCCCCGGCCAGCUCCACGCAGACGUGGUCCAGAUCCUGGUGGACUGGCUGGUGGAGGCGCUGCAGCUCCUCAAGAACCUCCCACACCUGUGGAGGGAGUCCUUCCACCUGACCGGGCUGCUCCCGCCCCCCAGGGAGGAGCCUGAGGAGCCGCCACCCAACCCAGAGGAGGCCCAGGCAAACCUCCUCAAGGCUCUGAUGAAGGAGCUCCUGGGUGAUGAAGACUCACCUGAGAUGAAGGAGUCAGAGGGGGAGUCAGAGGAGGAGCGGGAAGAGGGAGAGGAUGGAGGGAAGGAGGAGGAGAAGAAGGUGAUAGAGGAGCAGAAGGAGGAGUCUGAGAAAUGUGAAGAAGUAGAGCAGUGUCAUGUGAUGACGGGUAACGGAGGAGGUCAGGAGGAGAAGAUGAAGGAGGAGAAGGUCAGAGAGGAGGAGAUGAGGGAGGAGGAGAUGAGAGAGGAGGAAGAGAAGGAGCUGGAAACACAAAACACAGGAGAGGAGACGCAGGAGAGGAUUACUGCAGAGGAGAGCAAAGAGGAGAAGGAGGAGGAAAAGGAGGAGGUGAGCAAAGAAAGAAGGGAGACCAGGAUCGUGAUUGGAGAGGAGGUGGGAGAUGAGUGGAAAAUAACGGUGAAGAGUCGAGCAGAAGGAGCAGAGCAGGAGGAGAGGAGGGGCGGGAGCUGAUGUGAAGGAGCUCCUCCCCGUGGAAGCUCCUCCCCGUGGAAGCUCCUCCCCGUGGAAGCUCCUCCCUGUGAAGACGUCCAUCCUGAACUUUGAGGACUCGGGUUUCCAUCAGUGGCUGAACAUGGACCGGCUCUAUCUGCUGAGCGCCUCCUGAAGGAGGACGGAGGAGCUGCUUCCUUUAGGAGGCGCCAGCCUCCUCACAUACAGCAGACAUUUGGUUCUGAAGGAUGAAGAUGAGGAGGUUCUGCAGAUGGCAGCUGUGGAUCUCCUCUGAACAGAACUCCCCCUGUGAUACGACGACCAGAAGGGGGCGUCGUCCACCGGCUUCACCUGUACCGUAGAUUAAAGACCAAUGAAAAUGAA